GCAAGCGCCCGACGUCAGACCGGUCAACUGCUUUGGGAAGUCGGUCCGCGCCGAAGGGGUCGUCUGCUGCGCUCACUUCAUGUGCGACAAGACUACGGGAUAGUUUUUUCUAUGAGGAUUUCAUCGCGUUCACGUCUUCGUUUACGCCAUCUCGGGGUCGCUUUACGCACGAGUUUUCUUCCUCAGCCCGGGUCUCGUGCGCGGUACCAUCAGUUGUUGACGUCGUGCCCAUUAGUUGUAAACUAACGGUGACUCAGUAUAGCCUCGGGCUGUUUUCAACCUUAAAGUGGAAGUACUUCAUGGAAAUGCGAGGAAUUCACAACACGCUGUGUGUUUAUUUCCCAGUGAGCUCGUCUGAAGUGUACAGAGCAUAGGAAACAAUAUUACAUCAAGCCCGCGGGUAAAGCUUUUCAUUGUGUUGACAGAUUUAAAAGUGAAACCGCUAAGUUAACUACCUCGAACUACUUCAUAACAUGUAUUCGCCAGAGAAGGAAACAAGUGGACUGCUGACUCGUCGUGGAGGCUGUAAACAUGUAUGAUUACAGCUGAGUGUUCCUCCAUGCCUUUGUUGGCAUCCAAUGGAAGAAAAAGCACCCACCAAGUCUGCCAUGGUAUCUAGACUGCCUAAGUUCGGUGGACGCUCCUCAACUGGUGGUGCUAGCCCUUUGACCAAUGGUUCUACACAGCCGACCACCCCUACCCAGGAUGUUAAGACCACUCCCCCGGGAACACGCCCACAUGGUGUGAUCCGUGCCUCUCCUUUUUCACUGAAAUGGAAGAGAGAUGAGGGGACGCCCCCCUCGAGCCUCACCACCCCAGCCAGCCCUGGAGAUGGAGUUGAAGACAAGGCUCGGAUACACCUUCCCUCAUUGGCAAAGGAGGUGAAGAAUGGCUCUCCGGCGACUCCCAAGAUGCGGAGGUCAGGUGUUUUGAUGGUAGCCGUCUCCAGUUCCAAAGCCAUCCCAAAGCAAUCCUUGAAGAUGAGUCCCAAAGUCGGGACCAAGCUAGGCCAAAGCCAACUGAACGAAGGUCCUAAAAUGGGCCAUAACGGCUCCAGCAUCCCUGCUCGAGCCGGGUCAGAGUCCCGCCUUGUGCGGCCAAGGUUUGAAUCCAGCUCUCCAAGAAGUAGCUCUCAAGACAGUCUGUCCCAGUCCAGCGACAGCCUGAAAACCUUGCCACAGGACAACAUGGUGCGGUCGAACAGCUUCACUCACUUGAAGCAAAUUCCCUCGCCCACUAGCCAGCCCAUGAUACGGUCCUUCUCUUUUAACCGAGCUGUGGAGCUAGCCAAGCCUCUCGCAAACACUCAGCUCCGGCCUCCUCGGAGUAGUUGCCUAAAACCCCCUCAGCUGACCAAUGGUAGAGUGGCUUUAGGAAUUGGAGGCCUGAAUGGCAGCCUUGGGUGUUCAGGAGGUCUUGGUGGAGGACUUCAGUACAGUAGACCGCCUUCAGCUGCCUCCUCUUUGCCCACCCUCUCGAUCCCUCCAGCACCCAACACUCCCAACGCUUUGAGGAAGCCCUUGCUCCCCAGUUGUGUCCUGACCAAAUCACUGGGCAGCAGCGCGGGGGCUUUGGGCUUCAGGCUUGCUCGAUCUGGGCAGGCCAAGCUUCAGAAGAAUCUUUUUCCAGGAAGGGUCAAGGCGGAUAUCAGACCUUCAGCUGCCCUUGAAUGUGCAGGGCUAUUAGGGAUAGCAAUAGACAUUGAUCGAAAUGGUGAGGGUGACAAAGCAGACUUACAGAGUGACAGUGACGGAAGCUCUGGAGCAGGAAAAGGAGGAGGGAGUGGUGGGCUUAGGAAGAGCUCUGACCAGACGGCAGGCGAGACUCUGGAGGAUAUGUCUUUAUCUUCUACCUCAUCUCUAGAAAGAGGAGACACCAGUGAAGAGUUUCUUGAUGACUUUGACUGUAUGUUCAAUGAUGAAGACCUGCCUGACAACAGAAAAGCUGCCUGCACUACUCAAACCCGCUUACACAGCUUUCUCAUUGAGACCCUUGACUGGGACUCUAUGGAUCUGGCAGCAGUGCAUAAAGAAGAAAGCCCUAUGCAGGACUCCCAGGGUCCACUAGUGUUGUCUUCCGAGCAGAGUGAUGUCCUUCAGGCUUCGUCUGUGGAGCCGUCGCCCUCCAACAGCUCUGGUGGAACCUACAUGUGGGAUGAGGAUGGUCUUGAGCCCCUUGAGGGGCCUAGGGCUCAUCCCUGUGACGGCUAUGAGGAGUCAGAGCUCAACAGCAUGGAUAUCCUGAACAACCUGGACCCUCCGGGGAGUGGAGACUUGGACGAUAAUGACCUCAUGCUUGAUGUGGACCUCCCAGAGGAUGGCUUGCAUGACGCUGACAGGAUGUCCCACUUGGAGCGCUCAGACAGGGCUGGUCGGCAGGGGCAGCGGCGCCGACACCAUCGCUGGAGUGGACCCGAUCACUUCUACAAUGAUAGCAGGGCCCAUGUUGUCCAGCACUACGAUGGUCUCAAGGCUUCAAGGAUCUCCUCAACGCCUGUCCCAUCGGAAGGCAGGCAGGUUGACUACAAGGCAAUGCUGGAUGAACUCACACUCAAGCACAUGACUCAGGACUGCAGCUCGCUGAAGAAUCAGCUGCUCGGGCUCAAAACGUUACUACAGCUCGAGGAUACCGAAUCUCCAGCAGAUGUUCCUGAAGACACUGAAGACAAUACCACUGCAUCACAGUCAGAGGAGCUGAUUAAGGAAGUGCAGUUGCUCAGAGAGGAGCUGAGGAGCCGGGACCAAACCAUCGCCCAGCUCACGUUUCAGUGUCAACAACAUCAGCUGGAACAGAUGCCUGCCCAAGGAUGGCCGGUCAGGUGCCAGUGCCACCACCAGAGGGCUCCCUCUUCACUACGGCAGAGCGACGGACAGAUGGGCAAACGGAUGCAGCAUCACUACGACAAGGCCACCCAGACGUCCUGGAGACCGCCGGGCCUUGCCCCUCAAGUACUACAUCCUUCCAACGAGCACCUCCACCAGGGAAGACGAGUAAAAACUCCCCCCACCGAGGGCCACAGUGACCUCACGGGGCGUAGACCGGCGGAGGGACCGCGCACGGACGCUGAACGUCCUCUUGAAGACCUUCUGGCCGACGUGUCCGGGCCAACAAACCCCGACGAGCCGACUCAUCUCAGCACCCACCUGCGCCGCCCAGGCUCUGGGGCUCCUCAGGGGGUAACUGCCAGAGACGGUCCGGCAGCAGCAGCAGCUCAGUCUGCAGCACAGCAUGAACCGAAAGCCGCCGCUGUGAUCGCGCAGAGCUUUGUCACUCCUAAAUCUGCCGGUUGGACGAGCCCUCGCAUGCUGCAGCCUCCGCGCCUCCACAAGCGAGUGUCUCUUACUCCACUCAAGCCAGGGGGUACUGGUUGCUUUGCCUCUCUUAAGCCGGGGUGUUCCUUAAGGCCUCUGGCUAACCAGGCCGAGAGGCUGCCCCCUCCCUCUAGAGGCCUUCCCUGCUUUAACACCGGGCCCCGGGUUCAGGCUCCGAGUCCAUCUCGCACUCCACUGCUUCAGCCUAGCAGGGAGCUACGGUGCUCCAAUUCAAACGUGGAGGAGCCUGAUCAGGGGACACUGGAAGAGCCCGGGUCAGCUAAGAUCCUGAUCCCUUUGAGUCGCUCAUGCCUCCCCAAGCCAAAGAUUCCCUGAGGAGCUGAAACCCAUCCAUCAAAACUUCAAACUGGAAUCACUCCGACAUUGAUGUUCAUCCCCUUCUCUCCCCUGCCAUCGUAACAGUGUGACUGUUUCACCUUUGGAGUGUCAAAGGAGCAAACGCUGAGCUCAGUAAUCCAUAUGGACCAUUCAGGGACAUUGGUAUUUUGCCUGCUUCUAUAUAGAAUGUAGCAAUAUCUAAUCCUCACAAGCAUUCAUAGUUGUGUUUGACAGUUUUCAGAUUGAGGUCUAUAUAAGGAAGAAACGAUGGUAAGUUUGCGAGCCCUGCACAUGUAUGCUGCUGAUGCACAGACAGAGUGCGCCCAUUCAGAGAAGUCAGCUUUGGUCUUGGAGUCGCCAUGGGUGUUAUCGAAUGUGAAAGUCCUGUUUCUCUCGGCCUCACACCGCUCUGCCCUCUGCCACACUGCUGCGUAGUUUUAAACAUGGAGGUGAUGUGAAUGUGACCUGUGCGGUGUAAUAGAAGACCAAAACAACAAAAAUAAUGGGAAAGAAGGAAGAAAAAAAAAGAUACAAAUAACAGCGGUGGUGUGUGUGUGUGUGUUUAUCAAAAUGUAUCAAAGUUCUUUGGUGCUUUAACUCACACUGAAUAUAGGUAUUUGUGUACUUGUGUGUGCAUGUAUGGACGUGGGAGAUGAGAGACAGGGUGAGGUGCAUAACUGUUUAGUUCAGUUUGCUCUGUAGCAGCGUAAAAAAGCACUCACACGCUUAGGUCUGCACACAGUAGGCUCACUCAAAUCCACACACACACACACAUCCUCUGAAAAGUCUUUCAUGGCUACUUUGUGUAUUUAGAGGCAGAGAAAAGUGAAGAGGGAAAAGCAAGAAUGCAACAAAGAGAGCAGCGCUGGAGCUAAUUUAAUAUCUCACGGUCUCAUUAUCUGUACGACACAACACAUCCGCCCACCAUGGGAGGACAUGCCACUCGUCUCUCGUGUUAACGUAGUUGUUGUGAACAUGUUAACAACUUUAAGUGGAAAAAAAAACAAAUGGUGAUGUCUCCUCCUGAACUUGAUGUAAGACAAUUAGAGUCCAACUUGAUUAAAUAACACGACUUCUUUGAACCGUCUCCCUCACUGACCCACGCAAAGAAACAUCAGCUAAUGGGGACUUGUUAGAUGUGUGAAGCUGCUGUGUGUGUGUGUGUGUGUGUGUGUGUGCAGUCCUUUCUCUCCUCCCCCUGCUUCUCUGCUCUCUUGCACAUCUCUUUGGGAACAUCAAAGGUAUCAGGACGUUAUUUUCAGCCUUUGGGGCUUUCGUGGUGUUUCUUGCUUCUGAGGAGUGUGUUUAUCUCUCCUUUUGUGGAGCCCUUCUGCAGUCAAACGCUCCCCACAUGUCCCCGACCGGAGAGCAGCAGUGUGUUAAAAAGGCCUUCUGACAGCAACUCAGCUCUUUCCUCUGUCACACCGCGUGACCGCUUGGUGUACGCCUCUGGCGCCGUCCGGUCCACUGCGUCCAAUAAUGCACCCUACAUGGAUGGAGUGAGACGGAGAGAGAGUGACACGCGGAAACAUCACAUGCACACACAUCCGGACACACGACGUUACAUAGACGCCUUUGACACAGCUCAAAGGGACACACAACUCGGAGGGAACGCACACACACAUCAAUUCACACUUCCCAGUAGCCAAAUAAGUGCGCCUACACACACACACACACAAUACACAUCUACUUUGAAUGCUGUUGCAAAGUGCUUCGAAGUGUGUUUUGGUAGCUCUCGCACACAAAAUGAGCUCUCCAAGUGCACAUUGGUCCAUCUGUCCACUGUAGCUCCAAAAAAAAAUAAGUGUCCGGCCCUCGAUUACCCUGGAAAUGUGGAUGUAUGCGGCUGAUAAAAUGUGUUUGCCUGUCGGAGGGUUCAACACUGCACCAAACCGGCCAAGCAGUGAACGCCGCUGUGUGAAGCCAAGAAAAACCCAUUUUGUUUAAUGAAAACAGACGGAACGACGCAUACAGAGGGAGGAGAGAGAUGCAGAGGGAGAGACGAGAAGACGGAGGAGGUGGGGAGAUCACAGGCUCGUAGAUGUGGAGAUGAAACGGUGAAGGGGCGACGAGCUGGAUCGGAAUGUUUGUCUAUGCAAUGUCGCGAAGGGUGUGUGUAACAGAGGGGAGGGACACACAACACACAGCAUGUCUGUUUGUGUGCGAUGUCCAGAGAAUAAGCCAAUCCCCUCAGCUGUGUCCCUCACGGUUUAGCAGUGCCAAACAGGAAAUCAAUGUUGCCCGUCGUGUGUGUGUGUGUGUCCAGAGACUUCUGACUGCGAGUGUUUCUCUCGACAGAGAGUGUGUGUGUUAGAGGGAAAGGGAGGGAGGGGAGAGCGAGGGAGGUGUGUGUGUGUGUGUGUGUGUAGGCCCACAGGCCAAAGGCAGACCCGUGCCAGAGGAAGCCGGGCAGCGACAUCCUUCUCUGCCGGUGCCGUAUCCCCAUAUCUCCAAAUCAAUGUCCCUGCUCAGUUUCGCAGUCAAGCCAAUCAGUCUUGCUCGCUACGCAAUGAGCAAACCACAACUGGGCUCCCUGUAGCAACUCGGGGAUCAAUUGCAAUGCAGGAUCUCGAUCCGCUUUAUUUAGCGAUAAGACUCAUACAUUAUUAAGCUGCAUUGCACAACAGGAGGAGAGCCCCGUUGUUCUAUAAUUCCACUCUGAAUGGUUUUGGGCUGCAUUUCGGCACCGAGCGCACAUUAUCUAUCUCUGAAGAUGUUUUCAUGCAAUACGAGGGCCUGAGACUCAUUGCUCAACAGAUCUCUAGAAUAUAUGGUGGAGUGACUGCAAAACAAAAGAAAAAACAGGCAUAUUUGUGGCUUUAAGCUUUAUUUCAAUCUAGAUUUGUGCAUUAACAAUAGAUCAAAUGAGUAAAUGCAGUAAUCUUUUAGUGACACAGACACGGGUAAUCUGUGACUGAAGGUCCCCUGAGCUCAGACGGAGUGUUUUAGGGCCUUUUGGCUCAUUGAUUUGGUUUUACAGCCUGUUUUGGUUCACUAACGUCAAUGUCAUAAAAAACAAAGUCUGAUAGAUCUGUAAACAACCUGCUCGAACAAGUAGUGAAUGCUUCCUUGAGCAAAGAAUUUUACAAAUAUUUUACUUUUUAUUCAUCAUUUGUCAGGUGGACCCAAUCAUGACUCCAAAUGAAUGAUAAUGACAAAUCAACUUCAUAAGGGAAUAAUAUUUCUGGCUUCACAGCAGUUUUAUACUCCUUAUAGUAUGAGGAGUAGUGUGAGGAGCAUAUGUUUACUAACCACCUCUGCGUGAUUACUUUAAAGUCAAAUGAAAAAAGCAUAAACUCGCAAUUAUGCUUUUGUAUAUUUUUUGACUAACUUUAUUUAUAUAUUUGACUUGUGGUUUAAUCUAUUGGAUGUCCCAGCAGCAUCAGACAAGGCAGGGUCCUUUGAUGGAAGUUUAAAAUCCACGACUCAAACUGUUGUCAUUUACCUCAAAGCUGAAGUUUGACCACAAAGUGGAAACAUAAAGUCAAACCCGUCAUGUAGAUAAUCACAUUUUCCACCCCAACGAUGCAAUGUCACAGUAUUCGUCACUACAUAAUCUCCAUCAUGAGCUGCUUUCAGCCGCUGAGCACCGUCUCCACGACACCUUGCGAUAUUGUUGGGAGCAAAAACACGAAGGAACACAGUAUACCUUUUAUGCAAAUGGUAAAAAAAACUUGUGGAAAAUUCUGAUCUGAAGCACUUUAAAUGCCAUUAGUCUUUAAAGCUGAAUGAGCAUUAAACUGGAUUUAUUUCUUCUUUCCCAGCGUGUCUCCGUUUGCCAAGGCACUGUUUCUAGGAAGCCUCUGACCAGGUUUUGUUCUGCUUUGUCACCUUUCACCAUGUUUCUAUAAAAUGUUGUGUCCAUCAACAUAACGUGCAUGUCAGACCUCCACAUGUGUUGACCUUGAAUGCUUAACUGAUGGUCAAUAGCACGAUGUUAAACAUCAGAGUGGAAGAUGUCGCCAUCAAUGAGAGGUGACAUCUGGUAAUUUGGUGGAAUUUAUUGCUAUUUAUUGAUCUGGAUCUGGACCCUCGCCCUCUCUAACACACACACACAUAUGAUGUGUAUUUUAUUUGUUUUCACUGUCUCCUGGUUUGUAUUUCUGUGGAAAUAAACUAUGAUUGUAAAAACACGCA